UGGAAGAGUUAACCUGGGAACAGGGGAUUGCCGAGUAUCUAAAAGAUGCCAGUGUCCCCCACGGCUGCCCGCAGACGCUGGGGAUGACCUUCUGCGCCCACUAGGAUGCCUGGAUGGUUCAAGAAGACGUGGUACGGGCUGACGUCUUUGCUCAGCUUCUCCUCCUUCGUCCUCAUCAUUGUCGCCUUGGCAGUGCCCCACUGGCUCAGUGGGAAGAUCCUUUGUCAGACUGGAGUGGACCUAGUCAACGCCACGGAUUCCGAGCUGGUCAAUUUCAUUGGGGACAUUUACUACGGGAUCUUCCGAGGGUGUAAGGUGCGGCAGUGCGGGCUCGGGGAGCGCCAGUCCCGAUUCACCAUCUUCCCACACCUGGUGACGGAGCUGAAUACAGGCCUUCACGUGAUGAUUCUGCUGCUUCUCUUGCUGGCCUUGGCCCUGGCUCUGGUCAGCAUGGGGUUUGCCAUUCUCAACAUGACCCAGGUCCCAUACCGAGCAGUCAACGGCCCUGGGGGCAUCUGCCUGUGGAAUGUUCUUGCAGGAGGAGUGGUGGCAUUGGCCAUCAGCAGCUUCAUGGCCUCAGUGAAAUUCCACGACCUGACCACCCGGAUCGCCAACUUUCAGGAGAAGCUCUUUCAGUUUGUGGUGGUGGAAGAACAGUAUGAAGAGUCAUUUUGGAUCUGCGUGGCCAGCGCCUCAGCCCACGCAGCGAACUUGGUCAUGGUGGCCAUUAGUCAAAUUCCUCUCCCUGAGAUUCAGAUCAAAAUAGAAGAGGCAACAGUCACAGCAGAGGAUAUCUUGUAUUAACAGCCUACUUCUGCUC